CGCAGUAUCUGCAGUGAGACGCGCAUGCGCAGCGGGCAGCCGGCAGGGGGCGAUAUUCGCGCUGCGGUGUAAUUCUCCAUCCGCUCUGCAGACCACAGAAGAAGAAGCAGCUGCUCUACAGCACUCAGCGCGAUGGAGUCUAGCGAUGCAGGUCGUGGCGGCUGGAAGACUCAUCAGAAGAGUAAACUGAAUGUGAUCAUGAGACAGGAGGAGCUGAUUGCUCAGAAGAAGAGAGAGAUCGAGGCCAGACUGAAAGAGCAGGCUCUGAAGAAGCAGAAGCCCAUCCAGAACCUGAACCAGAACCAGAACCAGUCCAGCAGUUCUCCUCCCUCAGAAGCAUCUUCCUCCUCCUCAUCCUCCUCUUCCUCGUCCUCCUUCUCCUCAUCCUCAUCUAAUAAGUUUGUGAACGAUGGCAGUUUCCUGCAGCAGUUCCUGAAGAUGCAGCGAGAGAAAUCCAGCGCUGAUGAAGGAUCCACUGGCUCCGCCCCCAGUGCUCAGAGUCCGCCCACAGCCGGAGGUCAGGCUCAGAAGAGGAGCGUUCUGAUUGGGAAGCGUCCAGGUCUGGGGGUCAGCAGCAUGAUCAAUCAGAUCAAGAACUACGCCCCGUCCAAGAAGGCAGCGCUGCCCGCGGCCCGCCCCAGUGUGUUCAGCUCCCCCGAUGAUGAAGAUGAGGAGGACGAUGAUGCAGACUUUCUGGAGGUCAAAGUUUCCCCCCCAGAGGACGGAGAUCUGCGUCUGGUCAUCGAUAAGAUGGCCUCGUUCGUCGCUGAAGGCGGCUCAGAGCUGGAGAGGAAGGCCAUGGAGGACUACAGAGAGGAUCCGGUCUUCUCGUUCUUGUUUGAGAAGAGCAGUAAGGAGCAUCUGUACUACAGGAAGAGAGUGGCAGAGAUCAGACGAGACGCGUCGCUGCAGACCGAUGUCUCCUCCUCAGUGGACGACAGCACCAGGAAGGUGGCGGAGAAACUGGCGCGCUUCGUGGCGGACGGCGGCCCAGAGGUGGAGAUCAUGGCUGCUCAACACAACCGAGACAAUCCUGCCUUCAGUUUCCUGUACGACUAUCAGAGCGCGGCUCAUCGCUUCUAUAAGGCUAAAGUGGACGAGCUCCGUCAGGAUAAGAGCACUGAGUCGCAGACGUCUGUUCAGAAUGACUCACAGGAACACACACACACACACACCGCUGCCAAGAGGAAGAGGAAGAGCCGCUGGGGAGCCGAAGACGAUAAAGUGGAGCUGCCCACACCGACAGUCAUCAGCCCUACUGCUCCAGCGGCCGCAUCCAGCACGCCUGCACUGACCGAUCAGGAGCUGAGCAGUCUGGGAUAUAAGAAGGGGAAGCCGGUGGGUCUGGUGGGUGUGACGGAGCUGUCAGACGAUCAGAAGAAACAACUCAAAGAACAACAGGAAAUGCAGGAGAUGUUCGACAUGAUCAUGAAGCACAAGCGUGCGAUGCAGGACAUGCAGCUGCUGUGGGAGAAGGCCAUCAAGAACCACCAGCACGAGUACGACAGCGACGAGGAGCUGGAUCCUGACGACGGAACCUGGGAGCAUCGGCUCAGACACAUGGAGAUGGAGAAGACCCGAGAGUGGGCGGAGCAGCUGACGGAGAUGGGCAAAGGGAAGCACUUCAUUGGUGACUUCCUGCCUCCGGAUGAGCUGGAGAAGUUCAUGGAGACUUUCAAAGCUCUGAAGGAGGGCAGAGACCCAGAUUACUCCGAGUACAAAGAGUUCAAGCUGACGGUGGAGAACAUCGGCUUCAAGAUGCUGAUGAAGAUGGGCUGGAAGGAGGGAGAUGGACUCGGCUCAGAUGGACAGGGCAUCAAGAACCCUGUCAACAGAGGCUCCACGGCCGUGGACGGCGCAGGCUUCGGUGUGGACAGACCCGCUGAACUCUCGAAGAGUGAUGAUGAGUAUGAUGCUUUCCGUAAGAGGAUGAUGCUUGCAUAUCGCUUCAGACCCAACCCUCUGAACAAUCCCAGAAGGCCAUACUACUGACGCCGCAGCACCUCCUCUGGACAAACCUUUCUUUUCUUUUCUUUUUCUCAUAACAGCUUGAAUUAUGAUGUGUUCAUUUCAGAAAAUAGAAAAAUAAUUCACCCGAGUACAUUUUAAUAAGCCCUUCACAUGUUUCUGUUUGUUUCUUUAGAUGCUGAUUUUUUUUACAUUUAUUCAAAACAGUAAAGGCCCCUGAUAGAGUCAGCAGCGCAGUAUAAUAUUAGCAUCAGUGCAGGUUUUAUGUGUGUUUUACCCGUUGAUGAGCACAGAUAUUAUAAACCAAUCCCCAUGGUCUAAGCUGUAAUUAAACUGACUCCAGCGUCUGUCACUGACUCUGUGAGAUCAAUAAAAGGCUGUGCUCUCA